ACAUUAAGCCCCUCACGUUAAGGAACUCAACAACUUGACACCCUUAUUGGGCCUGUUAUUUCAAGGCCCACCAACAUUAAACAUCCGUAUCAUUAAUUAAUUUAAACUCGCGUUAAUUUAUUUAUUUUGAGUGUCAUCAAUUGAAUUGUGACUCGUUCAAACACUCUAUGUAGGUUUCAGUGGACUGUGUUACAGGCCCAAUAAUAACACCGGCCUAUCUAGCAUUAAAGUGAUCAAAACGACGUCACUUUACCUUUAUAAUUUAGUGAUGUUAAAAGAACACGAUCUCGAGAAAACCCUAAACGGACGCCAGCCCUUUAGCUUCUCUGUUUCUUGGAGAUGAAGCCGUCUGAUGUCGUCAGUGCCUCUGAUAGAGCUGAACACGGCAAGAUCUCACAAAUCCAGUCUCAAAACAUGUCACAAUUUCAGCCUAUCUCUAAAGAAGAGAAAGUAGAUCAAAUCGUUGAAGCAAACCCAUUAGCCAAGGACGAUACAUCAGUUGCAAGGUUACCAAAUUCAAAGACCCAUAAGUUCUGGGAGACUCAACUGGUUGGGCAGUUCAAGGAUAUCGGAGACACGAGUUUGCCUGAAGGUCCAGUUGAGCCCGCAACUCCGUUAUCUGAGGUCAAGCAAGAGCCAUACAACCUUCCUUCUCCUUAUGAAUGGACCACAUGCGAUUUGAGCUCUGAUGAUAUGUGUUCAGAGGUUUACAACUUUCUCAAGGUACAUCAUCCUGAUGACGGAUAUUUGUUCGAGGAAACUUAUUCCAGGGAGUUUCUAAGGUGGGCAUUGUGUCCACCUGGUUAUUACCAGAGCUGGCAUAUUGGAGUCCGUGCCAAGACCUCGAAGAAACUCGUUGCUUUCAUCAGUGGCGUGCCAGAAAGAAUUAGGGUGCAUGAUGAGGUUGUUAAAAUGGCAAAGAUCAAUUUCUUGUGUGUUCACAAAAAGCUCAGGUCAAAGAGACUUGCUCCUGUCAUGAUCAAGGAGGUGACUAGAAUGGUUCACUUGCAGAAUAUAUGGCAAGCGGCUUAUAGCUUACCUGAUAUACGCGCUACACCAGUCACCACCUGCCAAUACUGGGUCAGAAUGUUGAACCCGAAGAAGCUAAUCGAUGUUGGGUUUUCAUGUCUUCGUGACAGAAUGACAAUGAACAGAACCGUCAAACUUUACAAGUUACCAGAUGCACCGAUCACUCCUGGGUUUAGGGAAAUGGAGGGACGUGAUAUCCCGGCUGUUACAGAGUUGCUCAGGAACUACCUUAGCCAGUUUGGAGUAGCGACUGACUUUGAUGAAAACGAUGUCGAGCACUGGCUUCUCCCAAGAGAAAAUGUCGUCUACAGUUACGUAGUAGAAACUCAUGACGUGAUUACUGACUUGUGCAGCUUCUACACUGUCCCUUUAACUGUCGUCGAUAACCCGAAAUACAAAACAGUGGAAUGUGCUUAUUCUUACUACAAUGUGGCGACAAAGACCUCGUUACCCCAGCUGAUGAAUGAUGUGCUAAUCGUCUCUAAGCGAAAAGGUUUUGAUGUGUUAUACGCGUUGGAUGUGAUGCACAAUGAGAGUUUCUUGAAAGAGCUGAAGUUUGAUCUAGCAGAUGCACAGAUGCACUACUAUCUCUACAAUUACCGUCUGAGAACUGCAUUGAAGCCAUCAGAACUUGGGAUUGUUUUCUGAAAAGCUCUACAACAACUUGCGCUGGAUGAUAUUAGUUUUGUAUCAUCAACAAACUUGAUUUUUUGUUUAUUUUCAAUUUCAAAUUUUCAAUAUCAAUUUCUGAAUUUAUUCUUUGAGGAGGCAGUCUUUUUGCUGGUUUUAAGAACAGAGACAGUGAUGUAUAGCACAAACAAAAUCUAAUAAGGAGAUUUAAACACACACGUUACACGUAUGUAACAUUAUGAUACUUUUGUAUUUUCAACUUUUAAAUAUUCAUAUACUCUGAUCGAUAUCAACCGUCAAAAACAUGGGUACGUUUUACUCUUAACAAAUUUAUAAGUCUUAAAAGAAACAUAGAAGAAGAAUAGUUGUAUGAGUUCGUCUGUAUUCGAAUAUAGGUGAUGGUUCAAUGUUUUAUUAGUACUAUGGACAAAAAUUUCCAUCCUUCUCUUCUCUUCUCUUCACAAAAGUUGUAAUCAUUAUUAAUUUUUUUUGUCAUUUUUAACCAAAAACAUUAGUACUGGUCAGCUUAUCACCGCAAGUCCAAAUUCACAAUUAUCGUAAAGCUUAUGGUAAAGGAACUUGUGUUGAACUUUCUCAUAAGUGUUAUCUUUCACCUCCUUAACUCUCACUGUUUUAGGGUUGUUGACUUAAUGACUUAGCUAGGCUUCUUGAAUUUAGUCACACAACACAACUUUCUUCUUCUUGUAUUGCACUCUUGCUUCCUCUUCUUCUUGUCGAUUCCCUCUUCUACCAAAAACACCAAUUAUAAUAUAUUCACCAAAGAAAACACCAAUUAUAAUAUGGGCUUAACUGAAGCCCAAUAAUGGCCCUCUUAAGUUCAUGACAUAAGACCUCACUGUCUUCUUUGACUAUCCCUUUGUCGUUGACUUUGCUUCUUCUUCUUCUUCUUCUUC